AUGGAUUAUAUGCCGAUGAUUGUGGGCAUACUCGCCGGUUUUCUGAUAAUAAUUUUGACGAUUUUGUGCGCCAUAUGCGUCAUAUGCCUCUACGCACGCAAGCAGAUCAAGGAAAACAGAGUAGGCGAUGUGGAAAUAGGUUGCGGAACCGAUGGAUUUAGAACUGCGUUAUUAAUUUGUUUGUCCGGCACCGGAGGUGCUGCUGUCGCAGGCGGUGCAGUGGCAGAGACAGUGGUUGAUAGCGGUGAUACGGUUAAGGAGGGUUGUUGUUACGGUGGUGGCGCUGAUGGCGGAGGUGGUUGUGGUGGAUGCGGAGGUGGUUGUGGCUAA